CUGUGUCCACAGGAGGAGCGGCCGCCCCACCCCCGCUACAAGAAGGGCAGCUCCGUGGGUAGCGUGUGCUACCUGUCCAUGGGCAUGGUCGUGCUGCUAAUGGGCCUGGUGUUCGCCUCUGUCUACAUCUACAGAUACUUCUUCCUCGCCCAGCUGGCCCGGGACAACUUCUUCCACUGCGGUGUGCUCUAUGAGGACGCCCUGUCCUCCCAAGUGCGCACGCGGAUGGAGCUGGAGGAGGACGUGAAGAUCUACCUCGAGGAGAACUACGAGCGCAUCAACGUGCCUGUGCCCCAGUUUGGGGGCGGCGACCCCGCUGACAUCAUCCACGACUUCCAGCGGGGCCUGACCGCCUACCAUGACAUCUCCCUGGAUAAAUGCUACGUCAUCGAGCUCAACACCACCGUUGUGCUGCCCCCUCGCAACUUCUGGGAGCUGCUCAUGAAUGUGAAGAGAGGGACCUACCUGCCGCAGACGUACAUCAUCCAGGAGGAGAUGGUGGUCACGGAGCACGUCAGCGACAAGGAGGCCCUGGGCUCCUUCAUCUACCACCUGUGCAGUGGGAAGGAUACCUAUCGGCUGCGGCGCCGCUCUACGCGGAGGCGUAUUACCAAGCGAGCAGCCAAGAACUGCAAUGCCAUCCGCCACUUCGAGAACACCUUCGUGGUGGAGACGCUCAUCUGCGGGGUGGUGUGACGCCGCCCCUCCCAGGCCCGCCCCGCCCUCAUCUUUCUUCUUUCUGGCAUCUCUGGCCGCCUCCGCCCCUUGCUUAGCUUGUACCCUGGACGCCUUUCCUUAGAUGUGACGUGUCUCGCCAUUCCUUUCCGGCCCUGCCCCACCUUCCUGUACCAGCGCCGUGGCCUCUCGGGGGGGACCCCCACCUCUGCUGACCUCCAGGCAUGGGGGGUGGGUGCAGGCGAGGACCCUGGGCGAGAGGAUGGAGUGGGGUGGGUUCAGAACUACCUGGAUGGUGGGAAGGUCCUGAAAGACUUUCUCUUUGUACAGCACACUCCUUCCUGGGUCCCAGUCCCUCAGCCUGGGGCUUGGGCUGAGGAGAGGAGAGUGCCCAGGGCUGGGCCCACCCAGAGCACAAGGGAAGGUGGCUGUCCCCAGGGCACCAGGCCCUGUCAGUGCCUUCGCCCACCAGCAGGAGCCUGGGGCUUGGGGGUGGGAGUGAGUGUCAAGCACGAUCAUGAGUGGAACCAAAGAUGCGAGGAGCCAGGGGCGCAGCCCUGGCCCCCAGGAGCACAAGCGGGGUCCCUGCAGCCAUGGCCAGAGCUACGGGGUGGGGCAGGCUGAGGAGGGUCGUUUCUCAGUCCUGUCUCACGGCCCUGAGACUGAGCUUUCAGUAGAAGUGAGCUGUGGGUUCAGUCAGGUAGGUGGAGUUUAUUGCUUUCUCUAAGCUCAGAGUUGUUUGUUUUUAAAGACAGAUUGGGAAGGGAGAGCCACCUGGUACUUGUAAACCCCGCCUCCCCUUCCUUCUGAGAUUCCACCCCCACUGCUGUGGGGGAACGCAGCGUUUUUCCUUUUCCUUCUCCUUUUGCAUGUUCUUACUGACGGUUCGGUGUGUACCCUCGGAGCCGAGCCUGGAGAGGGGCUCCCCACCUCCAUCAGACUUGGGUGCUCCCUGGAGACGAAACUCUGAAACGCUUUGUAUAUUUUCUCAAGUAGAUCUCUUCAGAAGUAUCUGUAGAACAAUAAAAGAGCUUUUACUUCUGA